AUGAAGCGCAAAGACCUCGAUGAUGACGUAGACGACGCCUUCUACUUUCCUUUCUCUAAAUCCAGGAGACUGGAUGCUGAUUUAUUUGCAACUGUAAAUGAAGACCCAAGAAGUGCCGCUCAGUUGUUUGAAGAAAGGCCAUCUGAAGGCAUCAUUUUGAUGCAAACAGAUGAUUUGCCGAAGGACCCAUUGCCUUCAGCUGAUGAGAAAGCAAUUGUGCUCUAUAACCCCGCGAACAUGCCGCCGCUUCAGAAAUCCCCCGACUCGCGGGAUUUCUCUCUGAUUGUGAGUUCAGAUUUGAUUCCGGGUUUAAGGGAUCAUAUCUAUUCAUGGGGAAAUUCAAAGUCGCUGAAACCAGCGGAGGAUCGUGUGGCUGAAGAGGAAAACAAAGAAGUUUCAAAUGGCUGUUUGGCUGUUGUUCCCUGGGUUGCAGCAUCUAAGUUCCCUCUAGCAUCAAGAGAACUGGCAGCGAGUCAGUCGGAGGAGCCCAUGGAAGCUGAGGAAGUUGAAAUGAUGGACACAGAUGACAACGGUUACAAUGCCGGGGAAUCUUCCGGGUUUGGCAGAAUGAUGGAAGACUCGGGUGGGUUACAACACUGGCAGCAAAAGCAGCUACAUUGGUUGGAGCCAAAGCUCGUCCAAAAUAAUUAUACUCCUGUCACGUAA